CUCUCUUAUAAUAAUGACCGUGUGAGCUAGCUAGGCUUCAUCGAUGAUUCAAGAUGAGUUACACAGCAGAGACAAAGCCUCACGCUGUGUUCACUCCAUAUCCACUUCAAGGCCAUAUUAACCCAUUGUUCAAACUCGCAAAGCUGCUUUAUCUGAAAGGCUUUCACAUAACCUUUGUCCACACUGAGUACAACUACAGACGCUUCCUCAAAUCAAAGGGUCCCGACGCCCUUGAUGAGCUUCCUGAUUUUCGCUUCGAAACCAUCCCAGAUGGCCUUCCUCCCUCGGAUGGUGAUGUCAGUCAAGACAUACCCUCUCUUUGUGACUCUCUCAGAAAGAACUUCCUUCAACCCUUUCGUGACCUUCUUGCCAGACUUAACCGUUCUGCCACUACUCCCCCAGUUACUUGCUUAGUCUCUGAUUGCUUCGUCACUUUUCCUAUACAAGCUGCUCAUGAACUUGGAAUCCCUGUCCUUCUCCUUUCUCCUCUCAGUGCAGCUGCAUUCUGGGGUUUUAUGCACUAUCGCACUCUGGUUGAUAGAGGAAUCAUACCCCUCAAAGAAGAGAGUUAUCUGACAAAUGGAUAUUUGGACACCAAAGUUGACUGUAUUCCAGGUUUGCAAAAUUAUCGCCUCAAGGAUCUGCCUGACUUUUUAAGGACCACAGAUCCAAAUGAUUUCAUGCUACACUUUUUCAUUGAAGUGGCCGAAAAAGUUCCUAGUGCCUCUGCUGUUGCUUUUAAUACUUUUCAUGAGCUUGAGAGAGAUGCAAUCAAUGCUCUCCCCUCUAUGUUCCCUUCUCUUUAUUCCAUUGGUCCUUUCCCUUCAUUUUUAGAUCAAAGUCCACAUAAACAGGUCCCGUCUUUAGGAUCCAAUCUUUGGAAGGAAGAUACUGGCUGUCUUGAUUGGCUUGAAUCCAAGGAACCCAGAUCCGUUGUUUAUGUGAAUUUUGGCAGCAUCACAGUUAUGUCUGCAGAACAACUCUUGGAGUUUGCUUGGGGUUUGGCCAACAGCAAGAAACCCUUUUUGUGGAUCAUUAGGCCUGACCUUGUCAUUGGUGGCUCUGUGAUUUUGUCAUCUGAGUUUGUCAAUGAAACUAGAGACAGAAGCCUAAUAGCAAGCUGGUGUCCACAGGAGCAAGUGCUGAACCAUCCUUCAAUUGGUGUAUUCCUGACUCAUUGUGGAUGGAACUCAACUACUGAAAGUAUUUGUGCAGGAGUGCCAAUGUUGUGUUGGCCAUUCUUUGCAGAUCAGCCAACAAACUGUAGAUAUAUUUGCAAUGAGUGGGAAAUUGGGAUGGAAAUUGAUACCAAUGCCAAGAGAGAGGAUUUGGAAAAGCUGGUGAAUGAGUUGAUGGUGGGAGAGAAAGGAAAGAAGAUGGGACAAAAGACCAUGGAGUUGAAGAAGAAGGCAGAAGAGGAAACCAGGCCCGGUGGUGGUUCAUACAUGAACUUGGACAAAUUAAUCAAGGAGGUGUUGCUUAAGCAGACAACAUUGGAUUAAUGAAGGGGUUUUCACUUUUUCUGUUUUUUUUUUAAUGCUUUACUGUGAUAAUUACUUGAUUUUAUCCUCUAGAAUUUGUUGCCAUGUAGAACUAAUGCACUGGUUAUAGGUGCUAGUUUGUGUCUUCUUUGUAAAGAUACAUAAUGUAUCUUGACAUUUCAAACUGUGAUUCAUAGCAUCACAAUUAAGACAUUUGUGACAAUUUUUUCUA